AUUAAAUUAAUUGAAUAAAUUGUAUGUGGCUGUAGAGACUAGUCUCUCUCUCUCUCUCUGUCUGUCAUAGUUGGCCAACACAUGGAACCACCCCAUAUCCCAUCUCUUCUCUAAAGCUAAGUGUUCUUCCAGCUAGCUUUUUAUAAGACCAUAUCACAUACAUAUUCAAAAAGUGGGUACUGGUUUUCCUUUCUUUCUUUCUCCAUAUAAACUUUUUUGUUUUUCUCAUACAUAUCCUCUUCUUCUCUCUCUCUCUCCAUGGACACAGCUCACUGGCCUCCUCAGGGUAUUGGAGUGGUUAAUAAUAAUAAUAAUAAUAAUAAUAAUAAACCCAGAAUGGAAUUAGGUUCAAACAACAACAACAGCUCGAAUGAUAUUAUUAUUAAGAGUAGUAGUAAUAAUAAUAUGUUAGGAUCAUCAGAUCAGAGAAGAAAUAUUACAAGGCCACAAAAAGAUCAAGCUGUGAAUUGUCCAAGGUGCAAUUCAACCAACACAAAAUUCUGUUACUACAACAAUUACAGCUUAACUCAACCAAGAUACUUUUGCAAAACUUGUAGAAGGUAUUGGACUGAAGGUGGUUCUUUGAGAAAUGUUCCAGUGGGUGGAGGUUCACGCAAGAACAAAAGAUCCUCAUCAUCAUCAUCACCAUCACCAUUAACAACAUCAUCACCACCUUCUUCUUCUUCUUCUUUACAAACAAAAAAACUUCAUCAUCAUCAUGAUUUAUUACCAUUACCAUUUACUUUCCCUAAUAUAAUUACUCAUCAACAACAACAACAACAACAACAAAACCCCAAAAAUAACCAAGGUCAAGAUCUUAACCUCACUUUCCCACCUCAACCGUCCGAUCAUCAUUAUCAUCAUCAUCAUCAUGAUAUAAACACGCUCUCAAGAUUUGUCCACGUGGAUCAAAACCCUAAUAUUGACACAACAACGACGACGACAACAACAACAACAACAACGAGUUCAUCAGUACAACAACAACUCUCGGCUAUGGAGCUUUUGAAGACUGGUAUGGCUUCAAGAGGAUUAAUGAGCUCCUUCAUGGCCAUGCCACCGGCUAAUAAUUCUGAUCAUAAUCAUAAUAAUGGGUUUUCUUUGGGAGGUGAGUUCAAACCUAAUAAUAAUAAUAAUAAUAAUAAUUCUUCAUCUCUUGGCUUUGAUCUGGAUCACGGGUACGGGCAAGAACAUCAUCAAACCGGGUUCGGGUCGGGUCAAGAUCAUAUCAAUGGUGCUAGGCUUCUGUUUCCAAACAAUCAUCAGAAUCAUCAAGAUAUGAAGCAAGUUUCAACAACUACAAGUGGUAGAGGAGAAAGAGAUAAUAAUCAAGAUCAUAGUAAUAAUAAUUCAAAUGGAUAUUGGAAUGGAAUGUUAGGUGGUGGAUCUUGGUGAAAACGACAACGUUUUGAUGGUAACUAAAUAUUAUUGCUUUGAAUCUUCUCUCCUUCUAGCUCUUGAAAAAAGAAAAAAACUAACAACUUAGGAUACAUUAUGGGUUCUUUGUACUUUUGUUUUUAAUAUUUUGUAUUUGUUUUUUUUUUAGUGAAUUAAUGUGUAUGUUUUUGAAGCUUUAUUUUUAGGUUAGCUUCAAGGGUAUAUAUGUGUGAGUGUGUGUGGUACUUUCUCAAAUUUUAUGAUGAUGAUGAUAUAUAGUUUUUAAUUUAUUUAUUUAUUUGGUUUGA